ACCAUGGCAGACACUACCCAGGCCAUGUUGUCGUUCCCAGUGAUCCUUAGGAACCCGGGCUUGAUGAGCCGCCUUGCUCCCCAGCAAGAGGAUAGUCAUGAGCAGUCCAAGGAAAUCGAUAAACGUCAAACUGACAAACGAGAUAAGGAAGGGAAACGACGCAUUCUAAACUGUUUGUCCCGUGAAUCCGUAAAAGCUUGUUUUUCAUCAAAUCCUCACAUUGUUCCCCCCACGCCUCUGGAUUAUUUCGUGACCCGUCAACCUCCCGCUAGAGAAUUUCCCAGGCCGUUGUCUCGAUAUCUCGAGAGAAAUGUCUAUAUUCCUUCCGCUAUACCUGCCAUCCCCAAGGCUGCUUCUUCCAAUGCCCGUCACUUUGCGUUUGGAUUGAAAGGAGUCAGGAAGUCACUAAGACGAGGAGGGCCUUACGCAGAACACUUGGUGAGGCAAGUCGAAGAUGAGAUUUGUACGUGGCUCGAGAAAGGAACUUUAGUGAUAUUCUCUGAGUCUGGGGGUUUCAUACAUGACGGUCCGAAGGGUUUGGACCCAGAUGGACCUAUACGAGAAGUGAAUAGAACGCCCUCUGAGCUCGUAUGGGAUAUAAAUAGUGACGCUUUUGCUCGCUAUGUUGUCCAUUGUGUCUGUCGUUGGCAUUCUGUUGUUUCGUUUAGUAAAUCCUCCGGAAUUAAUGGAUCGACUCGCCUUACUCAUAUUCUGAGGCCUUACGUCACACGACGGAAUCCACUGGGCAGCUCGACGAUCGAUACCCCUCCAGCAACAGAGCUUGAUUCUGCAUCAUCGGUGGCUCUUGAUUCCCAGGACUCGGACUUUUCGGCACAUGGUGCUGGCGAGACACUCUCGGACAUUGAUAGUCUCAACGAAGUUUCUGAACACCCGUCGUCAGGUGUCCCCGACUCAAGCGAACAAACUUCCAUCGAGGAGUCGCUUGACGAAACAUCAUUUGUUGCUAUCGAGCCAACUGACUCAGAAAUUCCACGACACUCUCUAUCACUAUGUGAACCUAUUGGGAUUCAUGCAGGGUUAAGUGAGCUUUCUCUCGAGGAGGGUCAUUCGUUUAGCACUCGUCGGCCACCCAUCCGCCUCUCCCAUCCAACUCUUUCAAGUCUGAGAUUGUCAAGGGGACGUACCAUUCGAUCCAAUUCAUCCCCCUCUCGGUCACCGUCAGUUAGGAAGUGUCGCCCUUGUUAUAGUCCGAGAUGGCUGGACCGACUCGCGUCCCAUUGCUUCCAGGCGCGACCAAGAAGAAACCAGAGUCAUUUUGGGCGUAUGUAUAUUCUUGAACUUGUAUGUAAUUUCAUCUCUUUGCAGUUGUGCAGGUGUUACUUUUGUACUGUGAUGUUCGGCGGUAUUAUAACAUUAUCAUCGUGCUGUACAUGUGCAAACAGUGGUCCAUGA